AUGCCCAUCUCAACAUCGUCGUUCUUUGAGACAUGUGUGCAGCAGUUGAGUCAGCUCGUAUCAUCCGGUCAAUUAACGGCAUAUGAAAACGAGGUACCGGCAGUUCUCUGGCAAGACGAACUCGGUCGACUCCGCAUCUGGGCAAAGGAGGCUCAGUUGCCGUCUCUGGAGGUCCGGUUGCGUGAUGCUUUUCAUAUUCGCGAGCAGCUCUUCCGCAUCUUGCAUCGUCUGCAACGAGCUCUUACCGAUGUUCAAGAUGUCUUAGAUUAUAGGCCUGAGGAUGCCAUGUCUGAUGCGGACACCGAUGACGAUGAUCUUGAUGGGACCGAAAUGCAAAUGAUAUAUCAUUCUCUGCGUGACACGAUCAACGGCUUGUUCGAAAUAACGAUGGUCAUUCUCCGGCCUGUGCUUCACUCAUUGGUGUCUGGCAAGGUAGUCGGACUUUCAAGAUAUGACUUGGUUGAAGAGGCAUCUCGUGAGGAACCGGCUAUGGAGAUUCGUACUGCAGAGCCUCCUCCUGUGGACCAAGAAGCCUCCAAAGAGGCACCGGCCGCAACGCCUAUUGAGCCAACCGCAAGAGGUAUUGAUGGCUUGACCAUGGGAGCAGCCUUUGGAGUAGCCCCAGCAGGCUUCCAAGGUAUCAUUCCAGCAGUCGUAGCAGCCGGACUUGCACAGAGACAAAAGAAGCAGUGGCUGGACUGGUCGAAGAGUUCCUCUGAAGGAGUACCAAGAUCGACAAAAUCACUCGAGGAAGCCAGUACUCAACUUGAGGAGAAGCUAGGGCAGGAUGAAAAACGGCCUGCGAAGUCUCCCUCGCCAAUACGGCCGAUAGUUGGGGAUGUGGUCGCUGCCUCCAUCAGCCUCGAACCUACAAUACCGGAUGAUGAAGCGCUCUUGCACCGUCCUCGGCAUCCUCGCCCUUCUUCUAUCCGCCGGGGUGUUGGCAGUGCUCGAGAAAUUGUUAUUCAUAUGCCGUACCGUCGCGAAGGGCCUGAGGACGAUGUUGAUACACUAUCCCUCUAUCAUGGCGGUAUUAGGCACGUGCUGCAUUUCCAAUCAUCCUUCGUAAGUGAUGGAGUCCUAGAUAUCAAGCAGUUGAGGCAACAAGCAAUGGAAGUUGCACAAGCCGCCAGCCCAGAUUGCAUAAAGCUCUUCCACCAGGGCAAGCUAUUGGAAGACGACUCGCUCUCUUGCCGAGAUGCAGGAAUUAAACCACAGUCAACGAUCUACUGUGAGGUUCUCGGCGCAGGCGAGUCUCAUGACACAAGCGAUUCCCGAGACAGACGCAGACAGCAUGAGGAGCUGCUUCAAUUCGGCAAAGGCAAGACCCAGACUGGGUCUUUGAGCAGAGGCAAAAGUAAAGACAGGACGGGAAAUGCUAGCCUUGACCAGUCUGCAUUAUAUUCGCCUUUGCAGGCAUCAUCUCCAACGCAGGCUCCUGAUCUCAGCUCAUUCAACACUGCGGCUGAACAAGUGUCGGCCUUGGAAUCACACUUUCUGAGAGUGGUGGUACCAUUGUGCAACUCCUUCAUCAGAGAACCUCCGACUGACAGGGAACUGCGCAAGUCAGAACUUGAGAAACUCAAGCAAACAAUCCUAGAUCAGGUUAUGCUCAAGGCAGUUAGCAUCAAAAUCUCUAAGGACGAUGCCGCGCACAGUUUCCGUUGGAACCUUGUUGAGGAGGCAAAGAAAUUGCGGAGCAUCCUUGACCGUCAAGCUCUAAUUUUUUGGGAAUGA